AUGUCGGCACCACGGAUUCGCGCGAGCCUUGCUUCGCAUCGCAACACUCUCUUCUCUCUUGCCCAGACUUGCAACCGCAAAGGACGACCUCGCGUACCCACCGGUGGUAGCACUCGCGGUACCACCGUCGUCUGGGGCGACUACGGCCUGCGCCUACUCGACCACGACCGUCGCAUCAGCGCCGCACAGCUCAAGAUUGGCGAAGAUGUCAUCCGUAAGCGUCUGCGUGGAAUGAAGUACCGCCUCUAUACACGCAUCUCCGCCAACAUCGGUGUCUACACUUCCGGCAACGAAUCGCGUAUGGGAAAGGGAAAGGGUAGUUUCGAUUACUGGGCUUCGCGUGUCGCUGUCAGCAAGAUCAUCUUCGAACUCAAGNNGGGGGAGUUGCACGAGCAAGUUGUCAAGGAUGCUUUCAGAUUGGCUGGAAACAAGUUGCCUGGACUGUACGAGUUUGUGCGUGCUGGAGACCCGCCAGUCAUGGGCAUCACAAAGCUUGGUAACGGAGUUACCGAGGAGUCGCUGAGGAGGCCGAGACGUGAGUUACCUCCUCCCAGCAUUGAUCAGUCCGCCAAUCGCAUGCCCGAGUCUCCUUCGCCGUAA